CCCCUCCCCCCUCCGUGUGUGGUAGCGCAUGCGACCCCGACGCCGAGCCUCCCUCCGCCUUCGCCUCUCCUCGGUAUGCCUGGGGUCGGAGCUGCGCACCGCCGCUCUGUCUCGGGCUCGCACCCUCGCCGCGAAGCGCAUCCGGGCUGGCCGAGCGGCCCUGCGGGCCCCGGAACCCUCAAGCUUGCGAGUGAGGUUUGCAGCAGACCACCCUCCUCCCGGCUGCGCGUCGGCCUGGAGGCCCUGGCAAAGGAGGCCGUGGCAAAGGAGGGGCUGGCCAGGGAGGGGCUGGCCAGGGAGGUGCUCGCGCUGGCCUGCGAGCUCGACGCCUCCGCCUCGGCGGAGCUCGCGUGGCUGCGAGGCGUCGCGUGCGCCUCGCUGCUCCUCGCUCUCUCCUCGGGCGCGGUCGCGUGCGGCGUCGUGUGGGCGGCGCGGCGCGAGAGGCGGGCGUGGCGCGCGGAGCGGCUGCAGAUCCUGCUGCGGCACUUGCUCGCGCGAGGCUCGUCGGGCCGGACGGCGCCUCCGAGCCGGGGAGUGAGCAAGCGCGGCUGCAACACCGAGGAGUGGGUCGACACCGCUGCGGACGCUGCCGGCUCCAAGUGGGUCGAGGUGACGGGGCCGGCCGCCGUGGGCCUCGCAGCAGGCGCCGGCAAGCGCGGAGCCUGUAGCGUCUUCAUCCUCGAACUGUAG